UUCUCCCCAUCGAGCUCGAGCUCCCGGUGGCGCGCCGCCGAGCCCCUUUCCCACGCUCGCCCUGUCCGUUCCCCCCUCCACGCCUGCAGGGCGCUUGCGUCGGCACUCUCUGGUCCUCGCGCCGCCUCCUGGAGUCGGUCAUCGUUCGGCUGCCGCCCAGAAGCUCUCCACCGCCGGCGUCGUCGAUGCCCUCCACCUCGGGCGCUCCUCCUGCAACAGCUGUUAUAGAAGAAAGGGAGAAAGAAGGUAGUUUUGAGAUGGAGUCCUUCUUAAUUGAUGAUUUCCAUGGCAUUGAUGAUGAGCCUUUAGCAAUUGUAGAAGCUCCUAUUCGACAUGAUCAGCAACUAGCUGCUAUUGAUUGGGACACACUACAUAUUUUUGAUAGUACAGAUGAAGAAGGAAGGAUAGAAAUAGUUGAUGGUAACCAAAUGUAUGUGCUAUUGGGGCUAAGAGAUGAGGAUGACGCUGCCGAGAAGGGUAGUGAAACUUCUGAACAGGCAGAUAGUGCACGUGCUGCUAGUGGCAAUGUCUCCUUUGUCGACAAUGACACUCUUGGUGCAGCCAUCCCUGUUAAUGAUGACAUACCAGGGGAAAGGGUGGUGGUGCAUGAUCCGGAUAAUCCUUGUAUGGAUAUUGGAACUGUGUACCCGAGCAUGCGUGAAUUUAGGUUGGCUAUGAGACAGUUUGCUAUAAAUGAAGAGUUUGAGUUGCAAAUCGUGAAAACCGACCCGAGUCGAUUUAUUGGUGAUUGCAAAGGGGAGCUACAAGUGCCCAUUAAAUGGAACGAAGAAAAGGCAAGUGUUGAAAUGUUUCAAUCAAAUUGUUGCCAUUUAAUUAUUUUCUAAUAACUCUAUUUCUCUAACACGCAGGAAGAGAAAGCCUCGAAAAAACACAACUAAGUAUGGGGAGAAUGCCAAAGUGCCAACACAAAAGAAGUCAAAAGGAGGUGAGGGAGGUACUACUGCCCAUGGAAGGGAGGAAUGUGUUGUUGUCCAAGAAAUGGAGAUUGUUGCUGUUGUUCAAGUCAUGGAGCAAGGUGAUGCUGCUGUUGUUCAAAACCCAACUAAGCCUACAAUGGAAACAAUUAUAAAUGACAGCCCAAUUAGGGUCACCAGAAGUCGACUUGCAAUGCUAUUGGCAGAUGGUACAACUUCACAGGAAGGUCUGCCAUCAGCAUCAUUCUCAAACAAGAUGACACCUCCUAAGAAGUUGACACCUAGGAAACUGAGAUGCUGAUUUGUGAAAUCAGCUAGUAUUUGUUAGUACCAUGUAUCUGAGAUGUGAACUCACCUACUAUUAGUAGCAUGUAUCUGAGAAGUGAACUCAGCCUUUAUGUAUCUGUGAAAAUUUGAUAUGGCUGCUAGCCUUUAUGUACCUGAGAACUCCGCCUUUAUGAACAUCAACGUUGUGCUCAAAUUGAGAUGGAUGCUUGCCUUGAUGUGAA